ACUGUCGGUAAUUGAAGCAAUUGUUUUGGAAUUGUUCUCUAAUCUGCGAAAUGGAAAUUUACAAUUUUUUUUACUGCCUCAAAUGAUUUCCUAGUUUGUUUUUCCAUAAUUUCUUUCAGUUGCUGGCUUCCAGUUUCUCACAUUUGAAUAAAUGUGCAUAAUCUCCUCUCAUCACAAUUGGAAUGACUCGCCCAUGUAACUCAUUGGUUAUCUCCUACCUGUUACCACAUUGUCAUGGGUUUGAAAGCAGCUGUCCAAGCUCUUCAAAAAGCGGAAGUUUUAAAAGAAAAGCUGCAUUAUAGCCAAGAUUUACUGAAUGAUAACGACGCUUGGGCUUGUCAGCAGCAGUUACAGAAAAUUUACCAACAAGUUCUAAUCUUGGACUUGGAAUAUGCUCUGGACAAGAAAGUUGAACAGGACCUCUGGAACCAUGGCUUCAAACAUUACAUUGCUGCUAUCCAGCAGCAAACAAAAGACAAGAAAAAUCCAAAACGUGCUGAAUUUCAGGCGCUGCUGUCAUGGUGUCUCGAUACUGCUAGUGGAUUUUACCUGAUGCUGUUGCAAGAAAUUUGCGCUGCAUUUAAUCUAGAUUUACCAUUCAGAAGAAAGGGACUUUAUGGAAGAUUAAAGAAAUUCGAACCAGCACCUUACAUCUCGCAGCCCCAAAGGAAUUCUUGUCAUUACCUCUGCCAAUACUGUCUGGUUCAUUUGGGUGAUCUGGCUCGUUAUCGCAAUGCUAGCCGACAAGCGGAAGCAUUCUACAAGCAUGCUAUUCAACUGAGUCCAAGUAGCGGCCAGCCCUACAAUCAACUCGCUCUUUUGGAAACAAGCCGUGGCGAUAAACUUUCCACUGUUUUUCAUUAUGUGCGAAGUGUUGCAGUUGCUCAUCCAUUUCCUGCUGCCAUUUCAAAUUUAUCCUUGACCUUUGAAAAAUGCCUUGAAACUACGGUCACGACAGAUGGGAAGAAACUAUCCAGCAGUGAAUACAUUGCCCUAUUUUUAAAACUUCAUGCUUUGUUUCACCUUCCGGGAGAUUUUUCUGAAUGUGAAACGCUAGUACGCCUCUUGACAUCCUCUUUGACUUCACAAGUUGCCACUGAGGCAUUUUCCUCUUGGAAGCUAGUUCAGAUGAUGGUGGUCAAUAUGUAUGGAAUGCACCAUUUAAUGAGUGAAGGUACCCAGCUCACAACCGAGCUCACUGCAGAUGAGCGAACUGUCCGAUCGUUCUUGAUAGACAUGAUAGCUGGAUCGUUGAAUGCCUUUCUAAUUUCUGUUUACAUGCUAAAACAAGAGGCGCUUUUGGAGUAUUUUGCUCUUCCAGUCAUCAAAGUCACCCUUGACUUCCUGCGUCUCGACCCGCAAUUGCUCAGUGAGCCUGGGUUUGUGUCUCGUCCUCAAAUAUGGCCCAGUCUUGCAAAGCUGUUGAACAAUCUUCAGCCAAGUUUGAAUAAUUUCAAGGAGAAAUCUUACAACAGUGUGCCUCUACCAGAAGACAAAGAUUUGCAAGGAUUUGUCCCGUUAGAAGAAGCGUUUUCAGGAUUAACGUUCAAUCACAGAGUUACUCAACAUGAUAAGUCAAUCUUGAACAAGCUGAGAGCAUUGCGUUUGGUCAGUUUUGGCAAAUGGUUGGCCAAUGCUCCGGAUCUGUCUCUCUUAUCAGCCAAGGAUGAAGGAGAGAUAACAGUCUUUGAAGCAUCAAGCACACAGGUGCAGCCAUCAGCUGAAUUUUUGCAAGAACUCAAAGAGCUGCAGUUGAACAAACUUGUUACCCCUCCUUCUGGAUCACCAUCACCAUCUUCUGUCACUCCCACGCCCACUCCACCAGAAUUCUUUGAUAAUAAUCAAGUGAAAAGAGGUGGAAUUUUGAAGCCAAGCAGUCUGAAAAAAACCAACGGAGAAGACUUUAAGGGAAAAGGUAGACAAAAUGUUGCCAUGCAGGCAAUUUUACGGAAAAAUAAUGAACACGAUAGUAAACAGGUAACAUUCAAAACGCCAUCACCAACAUGCAGUGUUCAGUCUCAACCGGAGUGGCCUCCGACAGCACCAACGAACACCUCCAACUCCUUUCCCCACAAUUCGCCACCGUUUUUCGAGCGACCUCAAUUUCUACCAAACGCCAGCUCUCCCUCUCCUCACUGCCCAGCUUCCCCGAAAACUCCUCCUGGCCCCCCACCCAACUACCCUCCCACUUUCUGCCCUCCAUCUCAGAACUUAGGCUUUCACAGUCCUCAUUCAAAGUUUUUCCCGCCACAAGUCCACGGAAUGGGAGCCCAGACUCAACCGAUAAAUCCUCCUGUUUUUUCAACUCAGCCACCGCAGGAACAGUUCAAUCCUUGGAAUGGUGUAGUCUGGUUCAAUCCGGAAGAAAAAGACAAGCGAUUAUCAGCAGAACAAGUGCAAAAUGAAAACCACAUGUACAGUGAUCCAAACGCUUUCAGCAGACCGGCAGUCUUAGAAGAGCAAAGAAGUGUGCCACAGAAUGCAGAAUUUAUGAAAAAUGGCAUGUGGGAGCCUGUAAGACCGGCAAGUGUUUACUCAGAGGUGGGUACGUUGAAUACGCAAGUUUCUAAUUCAGUAAACAAUGCUCCUCAGCAGCAGUUGAACACAUAUUCGCUCUUCAGUCCCGCUUGGGGUAGACAACCCUUUAUCGAUGAACCAACAGAGACAUAUCCACCCUCUGAAAAUGCAUUGAAUAUGGCUCUUCUGGCGCACCAGUCUUUAUGGUCAGGACCAGGACCAUCACCCCUGGAGAGACUUCUUGAACAACAGAAGCAACUACGAAACCCAAAAUAAGAAAUUGAAGAGCCACGCUUAGAAGUGGAUUGAAAUUAUUGAUUCAUCUGGUCCUCUGCUUUCUCAGUGGUCUAUUCACUCUCAUCGACAGGCAUCAAGCCAUGAAAAAACUCGUUUCUCAGCAAGGGAAUUUGUGCUGCAGGCGAUCCAUCAAAUUUGGAAGAUGAGUUUUUUUAUAAGUUUGUAUUUUCGUGUCAAUUUCAGAGCGGUGUGUCCUCGUUUCAAAGUCACUUGGAUACUUAGUGUAUCGAUAGAAGAAUCAUCACACUGCACUGACAAUUGAGAAAAGAUGGACCAGCUGCUAAAAGUCUGACCGUGAGGUGGAGCUGUAGGGCUCAUUUCAGUCAGUCACAAAAAAAAAUAUUGAUGAACUUUACUGGAGUACGUUGAUGACAUAUUGACAGGAAUAUUUCUGAUGUGUUUUUAUGUGUUAUCGUAACUAUUUUUGCUUUAUCUAAUGUUUUUUGCUAAUGUCCUAACUUCUCGUUUUUUUUAAAGCAUGCUACCUAUUGCUUAUUCCCUUUUAUUCGGUCUUCUCCUCGUACCUCCCAACUUGGUGACCAAAAUUACCAAUUCCACAGGUGGGAAAUAAUCUAUCAAAGUUGAGUCAAUGCGUUAAUGCAUCUUAUUUCGUCCAACUUUUGGUUAAUAACUUUUCACAAUUUCUAGAAGGAUUAAAUUUGCAACCUUUUACCACGCAAAGAAAGAAUAAUUUUGUUGAGUGACAAUUCAAUUGUGUUUAAAAAUUUUAGGUGCCAAUAAAAUCUCCUCACUGCUGAAUCUAUUUUUGCAGAUUUUUUUUUCUGUCAUUUUUGUUCAAAAUAAAAUGUGCGUUUUUGUUAUUUUGUAUACUCAUCGGAACUUUGAAAAUGAAUUGAUGUCACCAUUAUUUUACAACCUUGGUAGGCUUUUUGAAAAUUUCGAAAAAAUUGAAGUUAUUUUAUUCAAUGUCUUCUCUUUUCGGUCCCUUGAAUUGAAUUUUUUUCCCUCUUAGUUCUUUUUCUUAAUGAUGGCAGUGCGGUGUACUUUUUCGUUUCUACAUCUAUAUUUAUUAAUCUCCUGUAUUCAUAUCCAAGUUUUUUUAUCGGCAGAUUAUUUGGUCUUGUGAAGUUCAAACAGAACCCAAAAAACCUGUUUGAACCUUAUCCUCUUCUAUCUGCAAGCAAAAUUAUCAUAAAUUUUGUCCUUAUUUUUUGCUCCAAAACCUCUAAAAAUUAAAGUACAUUUUGUCAUAAUAUUGAAAGCAAAAGAUUUCCCUUCUACCAAGUCUGAAGCGCAUAAAGUACACCAAAACUCCUUACUUUAACCUAACUUUUUAUCAUUCUGAUUUUUCCCUCUCAUUUUUUCUCAAUGUUCAAUUAUUAUUCUUCAAGUCAUAAUCAUCAGCUCAAUUAGGAUUAUAUCAGUGCCGAAGUGAUUUUGUUUUUAUAUUUAUAUUUAUGGAUCCAAGUCGCUUAGGUCCUUAAUCUAUGUGUUAGGUCAAGAAUAUCGUACACAAUUGUACAAGGAUAAAAAACUGCAGCCGUUAUUGUUUAUGUUCUGGAAUAAUUGAAAAACCAGGAUUUGUAUUAAUUUUCUUGUUGUAAAGAGGUCACAGAGGUCUUUCAAUCAAUAAAUAUUGAUUAGUGUUUGCUGUAAUUGAUGGCGCAUACACGUAAUCUGUUAAAGUGUUAGCUGUAUACUUUUUCAUGUACUCAAAAACCUAUCAAAUAGUAAAGAAGACCAUCUGCUCAACUCUCUAGCAGAUCAUCUAAACGUCUUUCAUACCCUGACCACUAAACAAAGUACGCAUUUAAGCAUUCUCACAUAUGUCUCUUCCUCAUAAUUCUACCUGUAACGCAAUUGGUGCGACGAAAGUUUCUCAUGUGAACUCCAAACCAAGAAAAUAACAGUUUUAUUUAGAAUUGGUUGCAAAAAAUUUGAAUUUUCUACUCACAAAAAAACCAGAGUCUACUUGAAUCAAAUCGGGCACUUCAGCAGUUGUGGCAGACUUCUCAAUUGAGUAGUGUUCCUUUCGCACCCUGUGUCGUUUUAAGUGUCAACAACUUACAGUAGCUGAGCCAAAGUGCCGAGAUUGAUGUUGUAGUAUGUUUACAUUGAAAAGACUGUCACAGUAACAUUUAAUGUGCGUUUUAACUCGAGUAGAUUUUUGUUUUUUCUAUGAACAGGAAGUUAAAAUUUAUGCAUCUAAAAACUUUCAUAUCUUGUUUAGGAGUUUCUUUCAGUGCUUUCGGUUGUGCAAGUCGUGUUUUAAGUAAAAUUUUGAUUAGAAAACACAGGUACAUCAUUAUGCUUAAAUUCGCAUCUUGUCUAUUGGUCCACUGUUAAUGGUUUUAUGUUCGUCACAAAUGAAUUUUUGUACUAUUGAAUAUUGUACAUGUCCUCAACCCCAUUCCCUCCUAACUGUAACCAUCUUAUAUGGUUAAAAAAACGUAAAGAGUAACUGUGACUGAAGUUCCAACAGAGUAAACUGACAUGCUUAGGUGGGAUGACGUUAUAUUAGAAACGCAACAAUUAACCAUUUUUUUACGGUCCUGAAACAAGCAGGUGACUGAUCAACAUGAUGACCUCUUCAUUGUUACCAGGAAUGAUAUUGAAAGGAAGCGUUCUCAGGCAACAAGUACUCUCAUUUGGUAGGAGUGUCAAUUUUUCUAUGAAUAUCGAUUUCCUUCAUUGCUUUUAUUUUAUCAAACCUGAAUUUUAAAAUCGGCAAUGGUGCCCUCGAAAAUACUUUUAAAAUAGAGAAAAUUUGACUUAUUUUAUCUAAUCUAUUUGAGCUUUACUCAGUCGAAUUUUGACAGUAUUCAAAAUUAGCGGAUCAUUUUUUUUUAUCCGCAGCAAGUAGAUCUCAGCAAAAGUUUCAAAUUCUUGCAAAUUUCUUUCGUUUUCUGAGUUAUUGAAUUUAUACAAUUUUCUAGGUGCCAUAUUUAAUCAAAAAAAUCUUCAGGGAUUAAAGAAUUGACAUCCCUAAAUAAUUCAACCAACAACAGUUGAUUCGUCUGAACUGAAUUGCCAAAAUCAAAACUCUUUAGUCCACACCAUCCACAAUCUUAUAGUUGAUCUCAAUUAUUUUAAACUAAUGGAGUCUUGGAGUGAAACAGAUGAUCCUUCAUUUAGCCUCUUACAUUAUGUUUUAGUGCUGAAUGAAGGUAGUGUAUCUUCUCAUGCACUUGAGGAAACUGUCAACUUAGUUGGCAUAAAAUCCAGGGGCAACCGAGAAUUGUAUUUUUCGUAUGACCCUCGAGAAAUAUCAUACAUGGUAGUCAAGGCAUAAUAAAUAAUUUGUAAAAUCAAGAGAAACACAAUGAAAGGAUAAUCAUCAUGAACUUGUCUGUUUGUUGUGUUGACUUCUGAAAUUUGCAUCAGCAUUAAUGAUCUGCCUGUGGUCAAUUUUGGUCAUAGUUGAAGGACUUCUUUUAAUUUGGUUCUUUCAAAAUCGUUAAAUUUUUCACAAUUCAUUCAGUCAGGAUAAUCCGUCACAGUUACAUUUCUCUCUCCUCACUGAUUGUAAGCAUCAUGAACCUCUGGCUUUGCUUUUGAUUUGUGAUUUGCAAAAGUUGCAUAAGUGUAUGCCAUUUCAUUCUCUUGUUCAGUUUGUCUUGGGAAUUCCAAUUUGCAGAUGAGAGCAGUUUUCAUCAGUUUAAAAUACCACAAAUGUAAAGAUUCAAGAAAUUAGAAUUGUGCAUUGUUUUCAAAAUCUGUUUUUAGAAUACGUGCAUUAUUCUCUUCUAAUCAUUUUGAAAAGAAAUGCAUUCAUUUAGUCCUUGACUAUGAUGCCAUCCGUAGGAAGACAUGAAUACAAAAAGAAUCCUCUUUCAAUUUUUAAUAUCAAAUUUUUUAUUUUAAAUUAUAUAGUUCUGCCUUCUACUGUGCUUGCUUUGAUGUUCACUUUAGCUCCCUCUUUCUUUCACUAACUCAGUACCGGAAGAUUCUGAAAAUAAUUUGUUUUCUAUCAGAACUCCUGACUGCAUACAUUUUCAGAGGUGUGCUAAAAUUGAAUUCAAAUCCAACCUUCAAGAAGGUUUCUAAGCUGAAACAGAAAUAUCUUCCUGUAGCUCGCACAAAUACUUUUUGAAGGUUUGUCAUUCUCUGUUCAAUGAAAUCAGGUCAUUUGAUAUCAGUGUCAGUAAAUGAAUGAAAGGUCAUUUAGAGCCAGUUUCAAUGGUAAUUUCAACUUAGUAAUUCAACUCGGUAAUUUCAACUGGUAAUUUCAAUUAGUUCAUUGUCAACUUGAAACAUUUUGAUCGAGAUUAAGUCUUACAAUUGGGGAAUUACAUUUAUUGGUUUUAAACAGAAUGGCUUGAUAGUUUACAGCUUUAAUAAGUUUUUUUCUAAUAUGUGUCUAAGGAGUUUUUUGUUCCAAUUCAGCCAAUAUCUCCGAAGUUUUGAGGAGAGGAUGAGAGUGCUUUCUUUUUUCAAAAUGUUUAAAAUAAAAAAAAAAAAAUCAUUUUAAUUGAUAAAAUGACGUGAACAGAUAUGUGAUGCUUCAACUCUGUAUAAUUUAGAUUACCGCAUUUAAUUGUUAUUGUAAUAUUACCAGAGAAGAUUUAAAAAAAUUUCAUUCGGAAAUUCAUCCGUCAAAACUAGUCCUUUCAUUCAGCCUUUUCAUACUUACAAAAGGUUCUUACACCUCUAGAUCUUUUGCUCUUUUCGUCGCAAAACCUUCUCAUUGGCAAAACUUUACAACCGACCAAUAGUUAAGGCUGCUUGAUAAUAUUACAUUAUUUUGGUCACCUCAUCAGUAGGGUUUCAGUUAUUUCUAAUUGUCGCACCGUAAUAGGUCAUCAUUCUUUACACUAUUUUUGAUGUUAUAUGUUGCUCUAUAACCCUCACAUUGCUGAAAAAUUUGACUUGAAAAAAUUUACUUUUUUGCACUAGCAUUUUGAAUUUUAAAAACUAUGUCAACCAUUGAUCAAUACCUUUUCUAACAAAAUAAGAAAUUGUAUUUUAAAGAAUAAAAUCAACAAUUUUUCUCUCCUUCUUGAAAAAUGAAAUUGUAAUUGUGAAAUCUGUUUACAAUCAUACACAAAAGAAAUCUGAUGUAAUGAACAAUCAAUAAAUUACAAAUUAAUUAAAAAUA